UGUUACGCGAAAUGCAACCAUACAAAUCUCGAGGACAGCGAUGAUGAUUUCCGACAAACGUCGAUGAUGUUAGAAAAUGCGGAGAUGAAAAUCAAAACCGCUUUGAAGUCUGUCUUAAAGCCGAGUCUUCCUUAUCUGAUGAGAAUUUUCGAAGAAGUGAACGUAUCUUCACCUUGCACGAAGUCUUCCGUUAUCUUCCUGAAAGACUUGAUGAAACUAAAAGAGUGGCCUCUUCGAAUGAUUGAUUCUUUUGGAAAAUUACCGGCAGGAAUGUUCGGAGUAACACUAUGGAUGUCGGGAGAUUAUGACCAGUGUUUGGACAUUAAAAUUCCACAAAAUGAAAAAGUGAUCACCGAUAAAGGAAAGGAACAGGUUCGAGGCAAAUACUGUGCCCUGACAAUUGGAAUGCAAGAAUUAGAGAAACGUGUUGCAAAGUCGAUUCAUAAGUUGGAAAAUAAUUCAUUGAUUAAACUUAUAAAAGAGAUUAUUAAACCAAUGAAGUUUGAAGACUUAUUGAAAACAGAGUUAGCCGAUACAAAAAUGAAAAUACGUUUGGAUGCGUGCAUUCCGAGUACAUGUAGUAACAAAGACUUACAACACAUUGGAAAUUGGAUAUUCGGGACAGCGGUAGACUUUAAUGUCGAAUAUUGCAAAAUCAAAGAUGAACGCAUUGAAUACACUAACGGACAACUGAUAUCGUUUGGAUGCUAUAUUCCUUUGUUAUGUUUUUGUCACUGAUUGCUGCUCUGUUCUUCUUUGUAUUCUUCGAAUCCCCAUUGAGCAGCCUUCUGUCUAACGUGCUAAGAAAUAGAACAUCGCAAGAAACAGUAAUUCUCAAUCAAAACAUUACAGAAAUGA